UACACUUUAUAUCUUUUAUAACACGUAGCUAACAAAUCUAUUCAUAAAAACAUAGAUAAUUAAUUUCAUUUUUCGCAGUGUUUUAUCUCGUUGGGGGCCUAAAUCUGGAGGGCAUUGAGAUUCAUCGGCUCCAAAAAUCAAUUCAACGAUUGAAGAAAAGAUUCAUUGCCGACCACGGUGCUAACUGCGAGUAUUGCAAAACUCACGACACCACCAAUUUUGCAGCAGAUCAGAGCACUUCAGAACUUACAAGAAGGCCAAACUUCCACGGGCUCUCAGACGACCUGAUGGAAAAGGCUUUCAAGAUAGCCCGAAUCCUCCAGAAACGGGAGGAGGAGGCUGCCGGCUCCUCGCCCAACAUUAACCCGUGCGAGGAAGCUGAGUUCCCCGGCACCAACCACACCACCCCGCCAUCGCCUGUUGCUGGCCCCUCCUGGGGUCCCUGAUGUUGCGCAUAUGCUUCACGAUGCUGUGCUGAAAACCCACGAUUUUUAAUAAUGUCAACAAUGUAAAUAAACAGCAAAAUAAUCCAAAAGAAUAAAGCAUUCUUGAAAACUUUAAAAAGGUGUGUCCUUCUUUUUGUUACAUAAUUCUUCCUCUUAAGAAUAUAAUGGAAAUCAUGUUGCCUUAUUUUUCUAUUUGUAGUUUUUAUUGUGCUAAUGAAAACUCUUUUCAUAAUACUUCGAUAAAAAUUGUAUAGAUUUAAAAUAAUUCAUACUGUUGAAAACGUUUUUUGUAACAAAUGCCAUACAGUAUUUCAAGAAAGUUCAAUCUAAUUGUGCAAAUUUUUGUUCAUACUAUUAUAAGUCCUUAUUCUUAUAAUCUAACUUAAGCAUUUUUCCUGAAGUUUGUUCUUGACUUUUAUUGUCUUAUUGUUGUAAACAAGAACCUUAUUUCUGUGCGGAAUCCAAUAAAAAUAUUUCUAGAGAAGGUAAUUUAAUGGAGCACAAUAUUGUUGAUAAUAUAACUGAUACUGAAGACAAACUUUUUUAUUGUAGCAUAUGCAACAAAAGUUUUUCAAGAAAGUAUUGUCUUAUUAGUCACAGUGUUGUUCAUACUGGCGAAAAACCUUUUUUAUGUAAUGUAUGCAAUAAAAGAUUUUCAAAAAAGGACCAUUUAAUUACACACAAUCUUAUUCACACUGGAGAAAAACCAUAUUCUUGUAAUAUGUGUAAUAAAAGAUUUUCUCAAAAAGCUUAUCUAACAAGACACUGUCUUGUACAUACUGGAGAAAAACCUUUUUUAUGCAAUGUAUGCAAUAAAAGUUUUUCAGAAAAGCGUUAUCUAACAAUUCACAGUCUUGUCCAUACUGGUGAAAAGCCUUACUCUUGCAAUAUAUGCAAUCAAAGAUUUUCUCAAAGAUAUAGUUUAACAAAACACAGUUUUAUUCAUACUGGUGAAAAGCCUUAUUCUUGUAGUAUAUGCAACAAACAUUUUUCGAAUAAGCAUUAUCUAUUGAGUCACAGUCGUUCUCAUGUUGACGAGAGUGAAAGAAGUUAUUCAUGCAAUGUAUGCAGUAAAAGAUUUUCUCGAAAAUAUCAUCUGACUGAACACAGUGUUGUUCAUACUGGAAUAAAACCUUAUUCUUGUAGUAUAUGCAAGAAAGCAUUCUCACAAAGGUCUAACCUAACGAGGCAUACUCAUACUCAUGCUAAUAAAACUCCUGCCUGAAAUACAAACAAAUUAAAUCUAACUAAGCAUCAUGUUCCUCAUACUAAUCAGAAGUCUUUCUUGAAUGACAAAAAUUGAUUUUCCCCCUAAUUUUUUUUUUACUCAACAAUUUCUUAACAUUGGUAAUAUGUAUGAUUUUUUUUUUUUGUUUUUGUUAAAGCUUACAUAUUAACAAAUUUUGCAAAUAAUUCAUUCUAAUUUAU